ACUGUCUUUAUAUAGGGCUCUGUGGCAAUGGAUAGCCUCGUAGUUGUCGUGUUAUACGGGAACCGGGCAUGACGGCGCGAGAGGGUCUGGUACGAGGCUAGCAAUGGACGCGUUAGAGGUGUUUGAAGAUUGUAUCAUAUUGUAUCUUAUUGUUGAUGCAGUUCUCGGUGCCUUUGUGCUGGUCAAAACAUUUAAUGUGACUUUACCCGGAAGUUCAGAUGAACCAGAAUCUAGGAAAGUGGAAACAGAAGUGUUGUUAGAAGCUACAACUUCAUCGCACCAUUCAGACCUGGAUGAAGCUGCUGUUCUCUAUUAGAAGGUGAUGCAAGGUUCAAUGUCUGCAGAUCAAGUUUGCCAGUCUGGUGUGAUAACCAGAAUCGGUGAUGCUCUUCAGAGAGAAACCAAAUUCCUGUAGUCAUGUAGGACUGCUAAACUUUGGUUGCAGUACACGCAUAUGGUUGAUUGCUCCAUUACUUGGCCGCAUGUGGACACAACCAUUACACAAAAUCUGCAUGGGUAUAUCUGCAGCGAAUGUCUAAUCUCCACAAUGAGCAUCCAGAUGUGUAUCAACAUUUUCGAGAAGGUCUCCAUGUGGUGAGACGAAGUGAUUGUUAUUGGGAUGGCUUGUCCUUGGAUCUCAUCUCGAACAGGUGCUCAUGAGAAGCCUGAAGACCAGCGGGGGGUCUCACAAGAAGACGAGGGAUGACUGAGCAGCAACGCCUGACAUGGUUGUUGUCCAAGCCAGCUUGUGCUGAUGUGAACUGUGCCAUGCAAGGGCUGACUGGGGUUAGCUACACCACAGGAGAGCAAAACAAAGAUAUAACCAAGGCUAGACAAGCUUGUGACUGGAAAGAUACCCACAAAAUUCUCAAGUAUCUUCGAGAUAUGAACCCCUUCACUUCCAACACCAGUCUACGAAGCAUCUCUGCAGGAAAGCACACAGAACCGUCAAUGUUGACAAGGCAAAAGAUGUUGGAAAUGCAAUUCUGGUUAGCAUGAAGGGAAAGACUGCUGCAGAGUAUAAUUUCAAGGAGAAAGACCAUGUCAUCACUCUAGACACGAAGAAUGCAGUCAAGGUUGAUCGUAUUGCAGUGCAGAUUGACCCACAACUUUCCAGAGACUCACGAUAAUUGCUGCAUAGGCAACUGACAAUCUUGAAGAUGUCUUCAGGUAUAUGAGCUAUGCAGUUAUCCACCAGCCCUCUUUGACUCAUCACUACUGCUUCGGGAGCCACAGAAGCCAGUACUGGCAAAUGCCAUCUGGAACCUAUUGGCACGAGACAUUUCUGAGAUAACUGGAGAGGUCCAGUAUGUGCUGGAUGGCGGUACACUCAUUCAGCGCAUCCGAUGGACGUGAGGGGCAACAUACCAAGAGAUAUACUUAGUGUACGCAAGGUAUGUCUCUAAAAAGUAUGGGGAAGCAGUUGUCGUGUUUGAUGGCUACAGUGGCAAAUCCUCGGAGACACAACGCAUAAAAGACAAACUAAAGGGCAUGAUAGAGUAACUGUAGCAUUUACCAGCAUAAGCAGCUUACAAUGUCGAAGGCUAAGUUUUUGGCCAACAAUUCCAACAAGCAGCAGUUCAUCAAAAUGCUCAGAGAUCAACUAGAGAUAAACAACUGCAAAGUGCAUCAUGCUCCAGGGGAUGCUGAUUUACUAAGUGUACAAAAAUCAGUGGAGUCUGCCAAAAUGUUGACCACUAUCCUAGUUGGUGAUGACACAGACCUUCUCAUCUUGUUGUGCUAUCACUCAAGCUUGCACUCUCACAGAGUGUUUUUCCAACCAGAGCCAAAGAAGAGCACAAAGAAUCCGCGCGUGUGGAACAUCCAGGUUGUCAAGGAACAGCUAGGUCCUGAAAUAUGCACUCAUGUGCUCUACUGCAUGCCGUCCUUGGAUGUGAUACAACUUCCCACCUGUGUGGCAUUGGAAAAGGAACUUCCCUUAAGAAGUUCAAAUCAAGUAUACACUUUCGAGAGCAAGCUAAAGUGUUCGAUGCACAGUCAGCUUCCCGCAAAGAUGUUAUUGUUGCAGGAUUGCAAGCAUUGGUUUGUUUGUACAAUGGGAAACCUGCAGAAGGACUUGAUUUGCUGCGUUAUACACGUUUCUGCGAGAAGGUGGCUACCAAAACAUCUUAUAUUCAACCACAGACUCUGCCACCCACUUCAGCUGCAACAAAGUACCACAGUCUCCGUGUAUACUUUCAGAUACAACAAUGGAAAGGUUCUGGGUUGAACUUAUGCCAGUAGAAUGAGGGUGGAGAGAGAGUGAAGAAGGACUUAAGCCAGUUCAGACUGACUUGCCUCCAGCUCCUGAUGAGCUCCUGCAUAUGAUAAGGUGUAAUUGUUAGACUGAUUGCAGUACAUUAAGGUGAACAUGCAAAAAGCACAAAGUGAAAUGCUUCCCUGCCUGUGGCAACUGCAGAGGAUCUGGCUGUAUAAACUCAGACCGGCUGACAUAUGAAGGUGGUGAUGUUGAUGAUGAUGAUGAUGCUGAUGAUGAUGAUGAUGAUGAUGAUGAUGAUGAUGAUGAUGAUGAUGAUGAUGAUGAUGAUGAUGAUGAUGAUGGUGAUGAAAAAGAAGACAACAUUGAUUGAAUACAUAAUAAUUAUUGACUAUAGUAACUAUUACAUCUCAUAAAUCCGUUAUUUACUUAUUGUCAUUUAUAGCCUUUACAGUUAAGUAGUUGAAAAAUAUACAGAAAGUUCAAACACA